AUGUCUCUGUCGGCAGCUGCUAAUAAUAUAUCUGAUACUGAUUUCCAGAACAUUGGACCUGCUCCGAAACCUCCGAUUUCAUCAUCUAUAUUAAAUUCGAUGAAUGAACUAGGGAAGAAUUCCACUGGGUAUAACCAAACUCAGCCGAUUGGUGACAUAUCCUCGCCGUUUGAUUUCCAAAGGAAUAAUAGUUCGAGAGCGUUCAACAAUGCUGCGCAGUAUCCAGCAUCUGCAACUUUAACAAUGACAAACAGGAAAGGUUGGAUCUCGUAUAAGGAUGAUGGUUUAUUGUCAUUCUUAUGGCAAAAAAGAUAUAUUGUAGUGAAUGAUUUGUACCUUUCGUUUUACAAAAAUGAAAAAACGACAGAUGAUCCCCUAUUGAGAGUUCCAUUGACGAAUAUCGUCAGUAUCAGUAGAACUCAAGUUAAGGUGAAUUGUAUGGAAAUCGUACGUACAACAGACAGGAAUUCAGUACCCUCAGCUACAGGUAGCUUAUCGAACAUAAACUCAUCUAAUGAUACAGCAACAAAAAAAUCUAUCUUUAUAUCUACAAAAACAGAAGUCGAGCUAAAUAGUUGGUUGGAUUUGUUGUUUACAAGAUGUCCAUUAUUAAGUGGCGUAUCAUCACCAACUAAUUUUACACAUAAAGUGCAUGUGGGUUUUGAUCCAGAAACUGGUAGUUUUGUAGGGAUGCCAACAAAUUGGGAAAAAUUACUAAAACAUUCCAGAAUUACAGGUGAAGAUUGGAAUAAUGAUUCAGCAGCCGUCAUACAAGUGUUACAGUUUUAUCAGCAGUAUAAUGAUGUAGAUGGCAGUGGCGCAAAUGUCCAGAGCAAUGUAAAUAAAAUAGAAAAAGUGAAAUCAAACUCUACUUCAAGCCCCGUGGACAGUUUGCCUUACGGUAGCUCUUCACAUUUGCCAGGAACAAAUCAUAGUAGUUCAACUUCACUAAAUAAUAUAGACAAUCAGAAUAAGAAGUUGCAGUUAAACUACGGUCAUCAAAAUACGGGAAAUUCUACAAUGGUAAAACAAAACCGGAGCUCUCCAUUAGGUCAACAAGGUUUAUUGCCACAGAUACAAGCACCAAUGAAGGUUCCUUUGCCAACUGGUGUACCGAAUAAUAACACGACUAAUAAACCUUUAAUAGCUCCUAUUAAUACAAAAAUUUCAGUAAAUACUCAAAAUCAUAAUCAAAAAUUACCAUCGCCAAUUAAUCAAAGUGGUAUGCAACAGAAUCAGAAAUUCCAACAAAUGCAUCAAUUUAGACCUAAUGAGUCGCCCUCACAUCCGAAUCAUCCACAACGUAUGAUGCCGCGUUACCCACAGCAGCAACAGCAACAGCAAACUAUGAAUAAUAGGGCUCAGCAUAAUAUGGUAAAUCCUUACUCUAAAAUAUCAGCCACAUCAAAUAAAAUGCCAGGUAUCAGAGGUCCAGAGGCUCAACAAAUUCAAACUUCUUCUCCUCCACCUAGAUUGCAUCCACAACGUGCUGCUCCUCAACGACCAAAUGUUAAUCAAGCCCUUUCAUCGACUACAACUAUCAAUGCUACUGCUGCUGCGGCAUCGGCAAUGAGGCAACAUGCUAAACAUAAUGUUGGACAACCAACUCCAGCAAAUUUACCACCAGCUCAAAGACAGGCUCCGAAAAAACCAAUCGGUACACAAGGUGCUGUGUCUACUGAAACAAAAAAACCAUCUAAACCAAUUCUAUCAAAUGCAGAAAUUAUGGCCAGGCUAAAGCAAGUCACUUUCAUUCAAGAUCCUACUCCAAGCUUUGAAAUGAUCGAGAAAGCUGGACAAGGUGCAAGUGGUUCUGUCUACUUGGCAAAAAGAUCCGCACUACCGCCUAAAGAAGAUAAAAUUAAUCAAUAUGAUGAACCUGCGAAGAUUGGUGAUAAAGUUGCUAUUAAACAAAUGAUGCUAUCUAAACAACCUCGUAAAGAAUUGAUUGUAAAUGAAAUUUUAGUAAUGAAAGAUUCACGCCAUAAAAAUAUUGUUAACUUUUUAGAAGCAUAUUUGAAAACAGAAGAUGAUUUAUGGGUAGUUAUGGAAUAUAUGGAAGGCGGUUCUUUAACCGAUAUUAUUGAAAAUUCGCCAGCUGACGAAAGCAUCAACUCCCCAUUGACUGAAUCACAAAUCGCCUACAUAGUUCGUGAAACUUGCCAAGGUCUAAAAUUCUUACACGAUAGGCACAUUAUCCAUAGAGAUAUAAAAUCUGAUAAUGUCUUAUUGGACACACAAGGCCGUGUUAAGAUCACCGAUUUUGGUUUCUGUGCGAAAUUAACUGAUCAAAGAAGUAAAAGAGCUACUAUGGUCGGUACUCCUUAUUGGAUGGCUCCAGAAGUUGUUAAGCAACGUGAAUAUGAUGAAAAAGUGGAUGUAUGGUCAUUAGGUAUUAUGACUAUUGAAAUGUUAGAAGGUGAACCUCCAUACUUAAAUGAAGAUCCAUUAAGGGCGUUAUACUUAAUCGCAACAAAUGGUACACCUAAAUUAAGACACCCAGAGUCACUUUCUUUAGAAAUAAAAAGAUUCUUGAGUGUUUGUCUAUGUGUUGAUGUCAGAUAUAGAGCAUCUACAGAAGAAUUAUUACACCAUAAUUUUUUCAGUCUAGCAUGUCCUCCAGAGGAAUUACUAUCGCUAUUAGAAUGGAAAUUAUAG